AUGUCAAAAUACCCCAGGCAUGAACUAGCCCUCAAAGCAGAUGUAAACGGUACACCCAUUCAAAAUCGCCUCACGGAUCUUUUCAGCUUGUUCAAGUUCCUACGGUGCUCCCCGUUCGACAACCAGAAGGUGUUCAACAGCCAGGUCGCCCAAAAUUGGAAAGCAAGGUCCGAUCCAGAUUCAGUUGCAAAAUUGAAAACCCUUGUGAACCGUCUUUCCCUGCGACGCCCCAAGAACACCAUCGACUUACCUCCUCGCAGAGAUAACCUUGUCGACUUAGAAUUUAACCAGCAAGAGUGGGAAGAUUAUCAAAGAGUCAACGCUAUGACUUUGAACAACCUCCAAACUGCCGGCCAGGACAUUCACGGCGCCGCCUUUUUCAACGCAUUGAAGUGGGUCAAUGAACUUCGUCUGAUAUGCAAUCGUAGAAUGAAGACCCCGAUAGAGACGCAGAGAUCUGAAGAAAGACCACCAGCAUGGAGCAUACGACAGGCCCAAGCGCGCUUCGACCAACUUGAUGAAGUUGGACUGGCCAAAUGCUCCAACCCCAGCUGCUGUCAAGACUUGUCCUCUGCUUUAUCAAGUGCGACUGGUGCAGAACACGAGGACGAGCCCUGGAUAGGCGAGUCAUUGGAGCUCUGGUGUUCCUUAUGUUUCAAGGAUAUGGGCAAAACAGCGAUCAAGAAUGUCAAGAUAUGUAAUCAUCUUCCCCGGCGGUCUCAGAAACAAGAUGCACGGGAUGGGGGGGGCAAGAACCUUCUCGAGGAUGGAUCCUCGGGCCCAUCAACUCUGGUCACUCCAAAGAAAGACGAUCGUGUGCCGACUAAAGUGAGGAGGCUUUUGCAGGACUUACUCGAAACGCCAGAGUAUAUCAAAAGCGUCGUCUUCCCCUCCUGGACCACUUGA